GUCGGCAGCAUGGCGGCGGGCGUGGCGGCUCCGGAGCCCUGGAGUGCCGUGGCUCCGCGGAAGAAGACGAAGAGCUCAGCGAGGAGGCGGCCGCGGCGGGACGAGCGGCGUGCCCGCGGGCCCCAGGCCGAGCCGGAGGCGGACGGCGAGGCUGUGCUGCGCCGCCUGCGGGAGGCCGAGGAGGAUCUUCGGAACUCGGAUUUCUGCAGUUCAGCACUGGAAACCGUCACCCAGUGUCUUGGAAAACAGCUGGGACAACUGCAGGGCCUAACGGAAGCCCUGGGAAGGCUGGCCCUCAGCUCGUCACUUGGGCCGGAGGAGCCCUUGGCCACGAGCACUUCCCCUGUGACGUGCGUGUGCUACGGCCUUGGGAACUUCGCCACCAGCGUCACGGCUCGGAGCCAGCUCGCUUUUAUGCUUCUCUUCCUGGAGAGGUGCCAGAUCCCCAGAAGCCACUGCCAGGUCUAUGACCCUGUGUUCAGCAGAGCUGAAGUAGCAGUGCUCGCUUCCCUCGGUUUGACUGUCCUCAGUGAGAAUGAGGAAGGGAAGCGGAGCAUCCAAGGCCAGCCCACCGUCUUCUACAUGCCACACUGUGGCACGGCUCUAUACAACAAUCUGCUGUGGAGCAACUGGUCUGUAGACGCCCUCUCCAGGGUGGUCAUCAUUGGGAACAGUCUGCAGUGCAUCGAGGAAAGGUUAUUGACAAAGAUUCUGCAUAAAAAUUACCCCUACAUUGCAAAGAUUGUGAAGAGCCUGGAGGAGUUCCCGCUACCGCAGACUCCACGCUACACGGACACCUUUAACGACACCUCUGUCCACUGGUUCCCUCUGUUGAAGCUGCAGGGACUGCCUGGGGACCUGUGGGCGUCUCGGGAAGAGCCUGAUUACCAGGACUGCGAGGACCUGGAGAUCAUCAGGAAACAGACAGGCUGAGCUCACCUGCCAGCUGCACCUGGAGUCCCUCUGCAGACCACGCCAUCUCCAUUGCCAGGCCAGGAAUACAGCCCUGGCUGGUGGCAUCCCGUCACAUCCUGCCUGGGUGGCCUGGUCUCACAAAUAGAGAUGCUGUU